AUGAAAAAAAACCAGGGAGAAAAUGACUUAAAUUUUCCAAACAAGGAGAAGUUUGUCAAAGGAAAAGGGUUUAACGUCGAUUUCGUCCCUCCUUCAAUCGAUACUGAAACUCCCGAAAAAAGUAAGUACUUCCAUACAACCAUUGCUCCUGACGUCGCAAAAGAUCAACCGUUUUGCUUAGGAGUAGAUGAAGCUGGACGUGGACCAGUUUUAGGUCCUAUGGUUUAUGCCGUUGCAUAUUGUCCCGUCGAUUUUGAUCUGACAAACUUUGGGUUUGCCGACAGUAAGACUCUGACUGCUGUAAAACGCUCUCAACUUUUAGAAGAUAUUUGCAAUACAGAAACUGAGCUUGGACGUCAUGUAGGGUGGUCCGUUCAGAGCAUUUCUGCUAAGGAGUUAGGUGCCGGAAUGCUGCGCAAAUACAACAAAUACAAUCUCAAUUCUCAGGCGCAUGACACCACCAUGAGUUUAAUUCAAAAGGUAUACGAUUCAGGUAUCCAGAUAAGAGAAAUUUACGUUGACACGGUGGGUCCUCCAGAAACAUAUCAACAGAAACUUCAAGCACGCUUCCCUCAAGCAAAAGUUAAGGUAACUAAAAAAGCAGAUUCACUGUUUCCGAUUGUAUCUCUCGCUUCUAUAUGUGCCAAGGUUACUCGAGACGUUCAACUUGAACUUGUCCGAUAUCUUUUACAGACCCAAGAUUGGGGUUCUGGCUAUUCAUCUGACGCCAGAACAACAAAAUGGCUACGAUCUUCAGUUCAACCUGUAUUUGGAUGGAAAGGAGAUAUUGUGCGCUAUUCCUGGCAAACCGCUCGUGACAUCCUUGAGGUUGCUUCUUCAAAGACAUCAUCUCCUUCUUUUGUGGAUGUUGACUGGCACGAGGAGAAAGCUGCCCCCAUAAAUUUUACGGCUCGUAAACCAAGUUCGAAAAGCCGUUCAUGGUUUGGGACAGAUUUUGCAUUCUAA